UAUUUUUCCCUCUGUCGAACCAACUUAACGCAGAUAAUUUAGGCAAUUUCUCUUUCCAAACGUCAUUUAACCUGGAAAAAGAGGUUUGAAUACAGAAGAUAAUUACCUAUAGAUCAGUUUUUGUUUAUUAAUAACCAUAUAUGAUAUUUUAACGCAUAUAUAUAAAGCAUUGCUUGUAAAUGCGAAGAAAGUAUUAUGAGAUUAUAAGAAAGUAGAUCUAGAUCUAGAUCUAUCUGCUAUAUUUUAAGAGGAGUGCUCAACACGAGAACCGCCAAUGCCACAGGAAAGCGAGAUCCACACCAGGCUAGCAGGCUAGAACAUCAUGGACGUAGCCUUCGACCAACACAACCACACCAGCCCCGAUACCGAGGAGAUUCAUGACUACCACAUACACCGCAAAGUCGUCUUCAUCUUCGUGCCCGUGAUCCUGUACAUUUUGGGAAUUCCAGGCAACCUUUUGACCAUCAUGGUCUUCCGCAAGCGCUCGAUGAAAGACAACUUCGUCUCAAAGCUUUUCGUCGUGCUGUGCGUUGUGAACAUCUUCUGCCUUCUCGUGGGGCUGACGCGGCACUUUGUGGAGGGCCUGAUCGACUACAAUAUCCGUCUCUACUCCACCAAAGUCUGUUACUUGCACAGCUACAUGACCCUUGUAUCCAUAUCCUUCUCCAAUUGGCUGCUGGUCGUGAUCACAGCAGUGCGGGCCAUACACAUCGCUAAGCCAGAAAGAUCCAGUAAAGGUCCAUCAUAUUUUUACGCGUGGAGUUUCUUAAUUUUCUCAUCUAUUGCUAUCGCUCAGGGAAUGUUCACUACACUUGGUACAUGGAUAUUCUCUGACGAAGAAACUGGCGCCCUGAAGGAAUGCGAAAUCACCAAUGGCAAUGUGUUCGCCUUCUUCUCCAUGUCCGUCUUCGCUUUCAUCCCCGCCGUCUUGAUCGCAGUCCUGAAUGUCAUCAUCUCGAUACUGCACCACAGGAAGGUCCCGACCUCGAUGGUACAGCGGAAGUUAAACAGACUGGUCAAACAGCAACUGUAUAUCUUGAUACUGGUCACCACCUGCAUGUUCUUUAUCACCAAUAUACCGCUCGCAGUCUUAUACACCUCCGUGUCCGUCCUCUUCGAUUUGACGGAUCCGCUUGAAGUCCAGAAAGCUAAGCUAGGUAUGGCGUACUCGGCCAUGCUGUUAUAUACUGGCCAUGCGGCCAACUUCCUGACCUUCUGCUGCUUCGGAAGUUUAUUCCGGCGGGAGCUGAAGAAGAGCCUGGCGAAGAGUUUCCCACCGCUCAGGGCGCUUCUUUUUAAGAGGUCGGAAACUAUAACAAGUACGUCACAACGUUUGGAUUCUGGAUUUGUAACCGAUUGUAACUUGAGAGACGACUCUCUCAUCAACUACUUCCGAGAGGAGGGUAUCUUCACACCCUCAGUAGGCUCUCCGGAUUCCCUUGAUAAACUUGAAUCUUCGACAGACGUGUAACAAUUGUGAUACAAUG